GUUAUAUAUGACCUUUGUUAUGCUGAGGGUGCUCCCUUCUGUUUCCUUCCAGUCAUUACCAACUUGCCUUUACCCCCAACAAAGUUUCAAUGGGGAGCAUGUCGGUGGAGCUCCUCAUGCUGUCAUACCAGAAGUGGAAUUCCCUGAUCAAUUCUUUACAGUUCUAACCAUGGACCAUGAAUUGGUGACAUUCAGGGAUGUGGUCAUCAGCUUCUCUGAGGAGGAAUGGGAGUAUCUGGAUUCUGCUCAGAGGGACUUGUACUGGGAUGUGAUGAUGGAAAAUUACAGCAACUUGGUCUCACUGGACUUGGAAUCCAAGUAUGACAAAAAGACUUUAUCUACAGAGAAGGACAUUAUUGAAAAAAAUGAUUCUCAGUGGGAAGUAAUAGAAAGUAGUAAAUUAGUUGGUCUUGAGAACUCCAUUGUCAGAAAUGAUUGGCAAAGCAAAAGGAAGAUUGAAGUACAAAGACCUGAAGUGGGAUAUUUCAGUCAAAUGAAAAUCAUCUCUGAAAAAGUGCCCAAUUACAAAAAUCAUAAAUCUCUUACAUUACAUCAGAGAAUUCAUGAUAGUGAGAAGCCCUGUAAGGAAUAUGGGAAGGUCCUUAGUUGUGACUUAAACUUUGAUGAAUAUGAGAAAAUAUAUACUAGUGAGAAAACCUCUGAAUGUAGUAGAUAUUGGAAAACCUUUGCAGUAGAUGACCCACAUACCCUACAACUGAAUAUUCAUACUGGUGUGAAACCUUGUAAAUGUAUGGAAUGUGGGAAUGCAUUUAGUUUUUAUGAAGACCGUAGUGUACACUGUGAUGAUCAGAAGUGCUAUAAAUGUAAGCAAUAUGGAAGGAUUUUUAGAAGAAUUGAAAAAAUCACUCCACUUCAAAGAAUUCAUGAUGGUGAGAAACCCUAUGAAUGCACUUUCUGUAGGAAAUCGUUUAGAGUGCAUGCACAACUUACUAGACAUCAGAAAAUCCAUACUGAUGAGAAACCUUACAAAUGUACGGAAUGUGGCAAGGACUUUAGAUUUCAUUCACAACUGACUGAACAUCAGAGAAUUCAUACUGGUGAGAAGCCAUACAAAUGUAUACAAUGUGAGAAGGUCUUUAGAAUUAGUUCACAGCUUACUGAGCAUCAGAGAAUUCAUACUGGUGAGAAACCUUAUGCAUGUAAAGAAUGUGGGAAGACUUUUGGAGUCUGUCGAGAACUUGCUCGACAUCAGAGAAUUCAUAGUGGUAAGAAACCCUAUGAAUGCAAAGCAUGUGGAAAGGUCUUUAGAAACAGUUCAUCCCUGACUAGACAUCAGAGAAUUCAUACUGGUGAGAAACCAUAUAAAUGUAAGGAAUGUGGGAAAGCUUUUGGAGUAGGUAGUGAACUUACUCGACAUCAGAGAAUUCACAGUGGUCAGAAACCUUAUGAAUGUAAAGCAUGUGGAAAGUUCUUUAGACUUACUUCAGCCCUUAUUCAACAUCAGAGAAUUCAUAGUGGUGAGAAACCUUAUGAAUGUAAGGUAUGUGGGAAGGCCUUUAGACACAGUUCGGCCCUUACUGAACAUCAGAGAAUUCAUACUGGAGAGAAACCUUAUGAAUGCAAGGCAUGUGGGAAGGCCUUUAGACAUAGUUCAUCCUUUACAAAACAUCAGAGAAUUCAUAAUAGUAAGAAACCCUAUGAAUGUAAGGAAUGUGGGAAUGCCUUUAGAGUGGGCAGGCAACUUACUUGAUAUUGAACAAGUUGUACUGGUGAGAAGACUUUUGAAUGAAAGACAUAUAUAAA